AUGUCCCCAAAAGGUGAAGAUAUAAUGAAAGGAUUUCAAGUAAAUUGGAUGGUACUUAGAGAUGCUGAUACUGGAAAAAUUCUGUGGCAAGGUUAUCAAGAUCUUUCCAUCCCCGAUUUGGAACAUGAAGCAAGAGUUCCUAAGAAAAUUCUUAAGUGUCGAGCAGUGUCACGUGAAAUAAAUUUUUCAUCAGUGGAACCUAUGGAAAAGUUUAGAUUAGAACAAAAAGUUUUGUUUAAGGGCAGGUGUCUUGAAGAAUGGUUUUUUGAAUUUGGUUUUGUUAUACCGAACUCAACUAACACAUGGCAAUCAAUGAUUGAGGCUGCUCCAGAAUCGCAGAUGAUGCCAGCAAAUGUAUUGAAUGGUAAUGUUGUGAUCGAAACUAAAUUCUUUGAUGAUGAUCUUUUGGUUUCUACGUCUCGAGUAAGACUCUACUAUGUUUAA